AUGAGAGCUCCACAGCUUCUCUCCCUUCUCAUGGCCGGGUUAGCCUCCGGUGCCCUCCCGACCAUCGAGACAUAUGGAAACAAGUUUUACGAUGCCAAUGGCAAGCAAUUCUUCAUGAAGGGGAUGUCGUAUCAAUUGCGACCCAAGGAUCCCCUCAUCGACUCUGACCAAUGCGCCAGAGACAUCAAGCUCAUGAAGGAGCUCGGCGUCAACUGCAUCCGUGCGGGAAUCUACGUCACCGUAGACCUCGACACCUUUGACACUUUCAUUCUCCCCUACGAGUCGUACUGGAACUCCACUCAGUUUGCGAGUUACUCUGCCGUCAUGGACACCUUCAUCAAGUACGACAACCUCCUAGGCUUCUACGUCGGCAACGAGAUCAUCUCCAAAAUGGACCAGUCCCAUUCCGCCCCCUUCAUCAAAGCCGCCGCCCGCGACAUGAAAGCCUACCGCGACCGCAAGGGCUACCGAAAAGUCCCCAUCGGCUACACGGCGACGGACAUCGUCGAGCUGCGGCCCAUGCUCCAGGACUACCUCACCUGCGGCGGCAACGAAUCCGAGAUUAUCGACUUUUUCGGCCUCAACGCCUACGAGUGGUGCACGCCCAACACUUACGAAGGGUCGGGCUACCCGAAGCUGCAGGAGAUGGCCGAGCAGUUCCCCGUGCCCAUCUUCUUCUCCGAGACGGGCUGCAUUAUGGGGAAGGAACCGAGGGCGUGGGAGGACAUGGAUGCCAUUUUUAGCGAGCCCAUGAUUGACGAUUGGAGCGGGGCCAUCGUCUACGAAUGGAUCUACGAGCAGAACCAGUACGGUAUCAUCUCGUACGGCCCCGGGCCCGUCGACCAGACUAUCACUACGGGUGAUGUCUUCGACGGCUUUACGAGGAAAGGUACCCCGACUCCUAGGCAGCCGGACUUUGACAACUUGAAGACGAGGUGGGCUUCCAUCACGCCCAAGGGAACGCCGAAGUCUGAGUACGAUCCUAGUCGCGUGGUGUCAACGAGGGAGUGUCCGAAGGCGACGGCCGGUGGAUGGGAGGUCGAUGGAAACGUGAGACUACCAACUUUGGACGAGACUUUUUCAGGGUCGUUCACGCCUAGUCCGACUGCGGAUCCCGGUACGGUACCGAAGGAGGACGCGGAGGAUGCGGAGGAUGCGGCGCCUGCGAGGGACGUUUUGGGAUUCCAUGCGGGGGUGGUUGCGGGUGCUCUUAUCGUGGCGCUCUGGUUGUGA